AACUCCGCGAGCUUCUUCCAUCUACUGCCAUAAACAAAUCGAAAACCCAAAGAAGCUUCUUCUCCCUUCUCUCCUCUCCACCCACCACUCUCUCUCUCUCUCUCUCUCUCUCUCUCGAUCGAUCGAUCGAUCGAUCGAUCACUUUUGCUUCGAUCUCUUUAACGAUCCAUCGGAGAUGGAGAGGGUAAGAAGAGCCGCGCACGCCGGAUCCUGGUACACAAACAAUGCCAGCAAGCUGGACGAGCAACUUGAAGGCUGGCUUAAGGCAACGGGCCUUUCUAAGUCACCUGAUGUUAGAGGCAUAAUAGCACCGCAUGCUGGUUACUCGUACUCAGGGCGUUGCGCAGCAUUUGCAUUUGCCAACAUUGAUCCAGCUAACAUUUCAAGGGUAUUUCUUCUCGGUCCUUCUCACCAUUACUACACUCCAAAAUGUGCUCUAACCAGAGCAACAGUUUACAAAACACCUAUAGGAGAUUUGCUGGUUGACCUGGAAGUCAUUGAGGAGCUGCGGGCGACAGGGAAGUUUGAACUAAUGGAUCUCCAUGUAGAUGAAGCAGAACAUAGCAUGGAAAUGCAUUUGCCUUACCUUGCCAAAGUUUUUCAUGGCUAUCCUGUAAAAGUUGUACCUAUUCUUGUUGGUGCUCUUAACUCGGACAAUGAAGCCAUGUUUGGGCGGUUGCUUGCUAAAUAUGUGGACGACCCUAAGAAUUUCUUUUCUGUCUCAUCAGAUUUCUGCCAUUGGGGAUCUAGGUUCAGCUACACAUAUUACGACAAACAGCAGGGUCCGAUUUACAAGUCCAUUGAGACCUUGGAUCGGAUGGCUAUGGAAAUCAUCGAGACCGGAGAUGCAGACGCAUUCAAGACCUAUCUGCAGGAGUAUGAGAACACCAUUUGCGGGCGCCACCCCAUUAGUGUUUUCCUCCAUAUGUUAAAGAAUUGCUCGACAAAGAUCAAGAUUGGCUUUGUCCAAUACGAGCAGUCGAGCCAGUGCAAAAGCCUAAAAGACAGCAGUGUUAGCUAUGCCUCAGCCGCCGCAAAGGUGGAGAGUUGAUUGAAUUGAAAAGCUUGGUUCUUGGCUUCUUAUUGGCAUAAAGUUGAAGAAAGAAACUAGUGGUACAAUGACAAUUGCUGAACAUGCUGUUACAACUUGAAUGCUUCAGUGUCUGUGGAAAAUUAGUAGAACUGUGGUCCUGUUCAUGCUGAUCAAUGGCAUCACCUAGUGAUGUUUCAUUAUUUUUGUGCACAUAUUUGCUGCAGCUUCCUGUGCAGAAAAUCCAAGGAUAAAAGGCCAGAUUGAUAGAUCAGUGCCACUCAUACUACUUUUAAUGCCACUGUUGAUGUCAACCAUAAAACCAUUAUUAGGGAUGCGAUCUUCUCUUUCUGAUGUA